AGAGCGGAUCAGAUCAGAAGGAUGUGCACGCGCGCGUGCGUGUCCGACCUGAAGAGGCGCGCGAGAGCUGCUGUGAGAAACCACAAGUGAAUUGAUAAGGCAGACAGAGAGCGCGCGCGAGCGAGCAGCUGACUUUAGUAAACGCGGCGCGCGCUGAGUUAAGGCCAUGCGUUCGCAGCGGGAUCUGGGAUGGAGGCGCCGCUAAUGGUGGGGCGGAGGGGGGCCGGAGGAACUGCGAGCUUCCACCUCAUCGUCGCCGGCCUCUUCUUCUUGGCCAGGAGCUGCCGGGCUCAGAAAGGUGAUGGCUGUGGGCACACGGUGCUCGGCGCAGGAAGCGGCAGCCUGGCGUCUCUGGGCUACCCUCGCUUUUACCCUGCGCACUCGGUGUGCGAGUGGGAGAUUAGCGGGAGUGCCGGGGACACACUCCUCCUGCGUGUGGCAGACCUCGACAUCGAUACACACAACUGCCAAGUGUCCUACCUCCGGCUGUUUGAUGGUAUCGGAGGAGGCAGGACGGAGAUAGUGAAGUUCUGUCACGGAGAUGUGAGCGGUCCGAGGGAGGUGAAGUCGUCUGGAAAUCAGGUCACGGUGCAGUUUAUGAGUGGGCCACACAGCCACGGGCGCGGCUUCUUCCUCUCCUACGCCAGCAACCGGCAGCCAGACCUCAUCUCCUGUUUGGAGAAAGGAAAUAACUUCACUGAAGCGGAGUUCAGUAAGUUCUGUCCUGCUGGGUGUCUGACCGACUUUGGCGAGGUGUCUGGGACCAUACCGCAUGGCUACCGAGAUUCCUCGCCUCUGUGUCUGGCUGGUAUCCAUGCCGGCGUGGUGUCGAACACACUAGGAGGCCGUGUCAGUGUCGUGAGCAGUACAGGCAUCCCGCACUAUGAUAGCACACUGGCCAACAAUGUCACCUCUGUAGGAGGGAGCCUCUCCCCGAGUCUCUUCACCUUUAGAACCAGCGGCUGCUAUGGUACACUGGGCCUGGAGUCAGGGGUGAUCAGUGACUCUCAGAUCUCUGUCUCUUCUGUAUGGGAGUGGGGUCGUUAUGGCGAUAAGCCCUCGGUGUGGGCACCUUCGGGGGCACGGCUUAAAAAGCCUGGGCUUCCCUGGGCGGCCGCCAACAGCGACACAAAACAGUGGAUACAGGUGGAUCUGAAGAAAAAGAAGCGAGUGACAGGAAUCCUCACCACUGGCUCCACCUUACCUGAGUACCAGUUUUAUGUGUCAACCUAUCGAGUGCACUACAGUAGUGAUGGACAGGACUGGACGGCCUAUCAGGAAGCAGGCUCAAAUCCAUACAAGGUUUUCCAAGGGAAUAUGAACUACCUUCAAGAAGUCCGGAACAAUUUCAUCCCACCUAUCGAAGCGCGGUUUAUCAGAGUAACCCCUGUGCAGUGGCAUCAGAAGAUUGCACUAAAAAUGGAGCUGCUUGGCUGUCAAGUACCUGCAGCGAGUCCACGAAUAUUCCCUCCAGUCCCUCCUCCUCCAAGAAGAAACACCAUACCUCCUGUACAGGAGCCGACAACACACACGCCUAACGUCCGGAACACCACCGUGCCUCCACAUUCUCAUAACGAGGUGGCGUUAGUGGCCGUGUUGGUUCCUGUACUGGUGGUGGUUCUCACGGCUCCAGUGCUGUUGAUGGUGUGUGUGUGGCUAUGGAAGAGCAGGAAAAGUCCUGAAGUCACGUAUGACCUUCCACACUGGGACCGUACAGUGUGGUGGAAGAGCAUGAAGCAGCUGUUGCCGUCUAAGCUGGAUGGGGACGAGUGCGUGCGCUACAGCGCUACCGCACGAGCUGAGCACCAGAGACCACGGGUGGAACCUGCAGAAUACGCUCAGCCUCUGGUCAGUGGUACCAUGGCCUCUCUGGGUCAGAGAUCAACGUUUAAGCCUGAAGAAGGAGCCGAUCCGGAGUAUGAUGCCCCCUUGACCCCUGAGCAAUAUCACGCUUAUGCUGAACCGCUCCCCGCUUCUGGAACAGAGUAUGCCAUUCCCAUAACGAUCGACAGGGCCAAUCACAUAUCAGGAGGCACGCUGCCAUUCCGAGGGCGAGGAUUAGUAGCUCGGACGGACAGCAACCAAUCAGGGAGCUCCAUGUACGACACGCCUAAAAGCACAUCUGACCAAACCGCGUCUACAGACGGCCAAAUAUACCAGGUGCCUCAGAACUCCCACAGCACGCCGUGCCAGGAAAUAGACUGACCAAACCGAGCGUGGUGAGUCGAACUCUGAUCCCUGGAGCGACCAUCAGACUCGGACUAGCGUGCCUGUGUCAAAGUGCAUGUUUGUGCUUCUAGCUGUAUGUGCAAAUGUCCUCGUUCGAGUCUCCUCAGCAUGCCAUAGCAGUCCGAUCACGGAAAUAACACCAGGGCUGUCUGAGAGAGACGAGUUAGGCAGGGAGAGCGUUACACUACUGUUUUAGCUCGCGCGUUUUUUUUUUUUUUUUUUUAAUAUGAAUGUUCUCUGAUGUUAAACUGUGAGUCCCUGCAUAUUUUCUUUCAUGCUGAGACGAAUCAAUCCCAAAGUCUUACUCGUAGGGUCUGUUUCACAAUUUGGUGCAUGUUCAUGGUGGGUUACACUGUUUAUUUUUUUAACCUGUAGCAAAAGUGAAAUUAUUUUGCUUUGGUCUUUCUGUCACUUUAUAUAUUAAAAAAAAAAAAACCUUUCCUGCAUUUGAAAAUUACACCAGCCAUUCUAGAUGGCUAGGUUUCUGCUAGGUUGCAUGUUUAGAAUUAAUAACCUACACAAGUAGGCUAUUAGCUGGAAAAACGGUACAUAAACCUGAUGUGUUCUCAUCACUGUCUAUGCAGAAGCAUGUUUUUGGUUUGUUUAGGGUUUUUUUUUUUUCCUCUCUUCUUUUUUACUCCGCUCUCACAGCUCAAAAAUCUGUCACUGUUCUGAAAAUAAAUGUUUUUUUUUUAUUUUUUUCGUAUUACUUUCCUGCUGAGAUAUGACAGCUAUGUGGAGUGCCAAAACCACUAGCAGACCGUGCCUAAAAUCUCCUGCGCUCAUGGAUGCACUGUUGUCAUAGAUACACUGUUGCCUUGAGGCGCCUUGCCGAAUGUGACAUUUUCGUGCUGAAUGAAAAUAAAGUACGAAUUCAAGAUGCCACCAUGCUUGCCGUUAAAUCAGUAUACCUGGCUUUAGUCUGGAUGCCGAUAAUGAUAAACAACGAUGCACUCUAAUAAGUAGUGUAACGUCCUAAUAUUAGACCAAAAAGUUCCUUUCAGAUGUACUUUGUGCUCACUUUUCUGUUUUGAAGUGUGAUUUACUGCGAGAACAUCUAAUCAAUGAGAACCGGAGAGCACCGUGUGGUUUUAUGGUACUAACAUGUCGUGUUCGGAAUAUUAACCAAAGCAGAAUCUCCAUCACUGAGACUUGCAGAAUGUGUGUAUGAUCUAUUUCUGUUUUAAUAUCCACAAGUUGUGAUGGUGUUUGAUGCGGCUGUAUCUUUGUCUGUCAUGUGCACUGUAGUCGUAAUUGUGUGUGUGUGUGUCUGCUGUUUACUGUAAGUGGUUUCUGAAUUAUGGUUCGUACUGUAGAAUGACUGUAAAGAAUGACUGACUGUAUAGAAAAUUGCAAA